AUGGGUGGUGGCGCAUCAAGUCAGCUGAAGGAUGCCAGCCCAGAGCAAGUGCAAGAGACCUUCAAAACACUCAGCUCAGAGGAGCAGAAGAAGGUGGCAGAUGCUUUGGCCCUGAUUGGUCAAAACUCGGGCGAUGCUCCAACUCCAGGUCUCAGUGAGGAACAGCGGACCAUGCUGAAAGCUGCAUACGCAGACAUUGACACCAACAAAUCCGGAACCAUCGAAGUCUCCGAAUUCAAGAGUGUGAUGCAGAAGAUGAAGGUGCAGCUUACGGAUGCCCAGAUUGAAGGUGUUUUCAAGCGUGCUGACUUGAACAAGGAUCAGAAGCUCAGCUAUGAUGAGUAUGAAAGGCUUGUGGUCAAAGGCUUGUAUGAGGCAUAG